UCAAAAUUCCUCACGCCGGAAUAAUAUAGAGAAAAGUAAUCGGAGGUUUUGUUAGUGCCGGCAAUCACCUCGGCCAUUUUUUUUGAAAUUCUUAGAUCGAAAUUGUUUGGCGGGAGUUGUGAGAGACGAAGAAGGGGGUUUUACGGAGUUGGGUUUUGGUAUGUAGUGGUGAUUCGACGAUCGGAGGAGAAGGUGUUUGAUUGAAAGAUCAGAUUGAUUAGGGCGUGUUUUGGGGUGAGGAAAUGGGUCGCAGCAGUUCGAAGAAAAAGAAGAAACGAGGAGGUAGUGGAAGAAGGGGUCAGCUGAAAGACCAUGGAUCUAAUGCUGAUGAAGAUAAUGAACUUUUAUCUGAGGAGAUCACUGCUCUCUCCGCAAUAUUUCAAGAGGACUGCAAAAUUGUUUCAGAUUCGCGUUCGCCUCCGCAAAUAGUAAUCAAGCUCAGGCCCUACUCGAAGGAUAUGGGAUAUGAGGACAUCGACAUCUCUGCUAUGCUUAUAGUUAGAUGCUUACCAGGAUAUCCUUACAAGUGCCCCAAGCUUCAGAUUACUCCAGAACAAGGGUUGACAACAGCUGAUGCUGAGAAGCUUUUAUCUCUUCUCGAGGACCAGGCAAAUUCCAAUGCUCGUGAAGGUCGGGUUAUGAUAUUCAACCUGGUGGAGGCUGCUCAAGAGUUUUUAUCAGAAAUCAUUCCGGAACCUGUUCCAUGCUUGACUGCACAUCGAAGCGCUCAGUUCAUUGAGCAACCUAUGCUUUCAAAUAAAGCAAAAUCCUGUACUGGUGGACCUUUUGUGUAUGGUUUUAUAGACCUAUUUAGUGGCUUGGAGGAUGCAAGGAAUUGGAGUCUGACUCCAGAUGAAAAUAGGGGAAUCGUAUCUUCAGUACAAUCUCACCCACUAGACACUUCAAGAAUUUUGCAUGAGAAGUCGGACAAGAAUCUUAAGCGAUUUGAGGACCAUGCUAAAGAAGAAAUUGCACUGCCUGCUCCCACUGCCAAACUAAAUACUGUUCAAGAGGAUAAUGUUGAUGAUACAAGCAUCUCUUCUUUUGACUCAAGUAAAUCUACUGACGAUGUGGAAUCUGGGUUAUUCCAAAAUGAGAAGAAGCAGGAAUCAAAUCUUCAAGAUGAUACAGCUGAAGAUGACAGCAGUAACUCCGAAAGUGAGUCGCUGGGCUCAUGGUCUUCUGAUUCCUUAUCUCAAGAUCAAGUGCCUCAGAUUAGCAAGAAAGAUCUGUUGAUGGUCCAUUUACUUCGAGUAGCUUGCACUUCCAGAGGACCUUUGGCUGAUGCGUUACCUCAGAUAACUGAUGAAUUGCAUCAGCUUGGUAUAUUGUCUGAAGAAGCGUUGGAUUUAGCUUCGAAAUCAUCUCCAGACUUUAGUAGAACCUUUGAACAUGCAUUCAAUCAAAACAUGGCCUCAACCAGUGUUCCUCAGUUUUGGGAGCCACCUUCUGAUUCUGGCGAGCCAAAUGCAUCACUCCCAAGCUCGCGAUAUCUCAAUGAUUUUGAAGAGUUGAAACCCCUUGGACAAGGUGGUUUCGGCCACGUUGUGUUGUGCAAAAAUAAACUGGAUGGAAGACAAUAUGCAGUGAAGAAAAUUCGACUGAAGGAGAAAGAGAUACCUGUCAACAGUCGGAUAGUUCGGCUGUAUCUGGUGAGGCUAAGAUACAUAAUAUCUGAUGGUUUAGAGUAUGAUGCUAAAACUGUUUCUACAUGUGCUCGUUAUGAGGUACUCAGAGAAGUAGCAACACUUUCCCGUUUGCAGCAUCAGCAUGUUGUACGUUACUAUCAGGCCUGGUUCGAAACAGGAGUUGUUGAUCCUUUUGCUGGCGCAAAUUGGGGAUCAAAAACUGCAGGGAGUUCAAUGUUCAGCUACUCAGGUGCAGUGUCAACUGAAAUUCCUGAGCAGGACAAUAAUCUUGAGUCGACUUAUCUAUAUAUUCAAAUGGAAUAUUGUCCCAGGACUCUCCGCCAGGUCUUUGAAUCAUAUAACCACUUCGACAAAGAUUUUGCAUGGCAUUUAAUUCGCCAAAUUGUGGAAGGCUUAGCUCAUAUCCAUGGACAAGGAAUAAUUCAUCGGGAUUUUACACCUAACAAUAUUUUCUUUGACGCUCGGAAUGAUAUCAAAAUUGGAGAUUUUGGUCUUGCAAAGUUCUUGAAGCUGGAACAGUUGGAUCAAGAUGGGGGUUUCUCUACGGAUGUGGCUGGAAGCGGAGUCGAUAGUACUGGUCAAGCUGGUACUUACUUUUACACAGCACCUGAAAUUGAGCAAGAUUGGCCUAAGAUUGAUGAAAAGGCCGACAUGUAUAGCUUAGGGGUUGUGUUCUUCGAACUUUGGCAUCCUUUUGGAACCGCCAUGGAGAGACAUGUUAUUUUAACUGACCUGAAGCUGAAAGGGGAGCUACCUCUCAAAUGGGUAAAUGAAUUUCCCGAACAGGCGUCUCUACUGCGGCGUUUGAUGUCUCCAAGUCCGUCUGAUCGUCCCUCUGCCACAGAACUUCUUAAGCAUGCAUUUCCUCCCAGAAUGGAAUCUGAGUUACUGGAUAAUAUUCUAAGAAUAAUGCAAACUUCUGAAGAUUCAAGUGUUUAUGAUAGAGUAGUAAGUGUGAUAUUUGAUGAAGAAGUAUUAGAGAUGAAAAGCCAUCAGUCUAGUAGUUCGAGACUCUGCGCAGAUGAUAGUAAUAUUCAAUACACAGAGAUAAAUACAGAGCUUCGUGAUUAUGUUGUUGAAAUCACAAAAGAAGUCUUUAGGCAGCAUUGUGCGAAGCAUCUAGAGGUCAUCCCAAUGCGUUUACUUAGUGAUUGCCCCCAGUUUAGCAGGAAAACUGUAAAGCUUUUGACCAAUGGAGGAGAUAUGCUUGAACUAUGCUAUGAGCUACGACUGCCUUUUGUCAAUUGGAUAAGCGUAAAUCAGAAAUCCUCAUUCAAGCGAUAUGAAAUAUCUCAUGUCUACAGAAGAGCAAUUGGCCAUUCUCCACCAAAUCCGUGUCUUCAGGCGGACUUUGACAUUGUUGGAGGCACACCAUCCCUGACAGAGGCAGAAGUUCUCAAGGUGAUAGUAGACAUCACAACACACAUCUUUCAUCGCGGAUCUUGUGACAUUCAUUUGAAUCAUGGAGAUUUGCUGGAUGCGAUUUGGUCCUGGGCAGGAAUUAAGGCAGAGCAUAGACGAAAGGUUGCAGAGCUUCUUUCCAUGAUGGGAUCCUUGCGUCCUCAGUCAUCUGAGCGGAAGCUAAAAUGGGUUUUCAUAAGGCGUCAACUUCUUCAGGAGUUGAAGUUACCUGAAGCUGUUGUCAAUAGACUGCAGACUGUUGCUUCAAGGUUUUGCGGAGAUGCAGAUCAAGCACUUCCUCGUUUAAGAGGGGCUCUGCGUGCUGAUAGACCUACCCGCAAAGCACUCGAUGAGUUGUCAAACCUCUUAACCUACCUGAGAGUCUGGAGGAUAGAAGAGCAUGUUCAUAUUGAUGUUCUGAUGCCACCUACUGAAAGUUAUCACCGGAAUUUGUUUUUUCAGGUUUUCUUAACCAAAGAAAAUAGCUCUGGGACAUCGAAUGAUGGCGUUUUACUUGCUGUUGGUGGUCGUUAUGAUUUUUUGGUGCAGGAAAUGUGUGAUCGUGAAUAUAAAAUGAAUCUCCCUGGUGCUGUUGGCGUUAGUCUUGCACUGGAGACAAUAUUUCAGCAUCUUCCUAUGGAUCUAAGGCCUAUUAGAAAUGAAGUCAGCACCAGUGUACUUGUUUGUUCAAGAGGAGGUGGCGGUUUACUGGUCCAGCGUAUGGAACUAGUUGCGGAACUGUGGGAAAAAAGCAUAAAGGCUGAGUUUGUUCCAACACCUGAUCCAAGUCUGACAGAGCAGUACGAAUAUGCAAACGAACAUGAAAUCAAAUGUCUAGUGAUCAUCGCAGAGUCUGGAGUGGCUCAAAAUCAAAUAGAGUUUGUAAAGGUUAGGCACCUUGAACUGAAGAAGGAGAAAGUUGUAGGAAGAGAAGAACUUGUCAAAUUUCUGCUGGAUGCAAUGGCUGUUCAAUUUAGAAACCCCUCUGUUUGGAGCUAAAGAGAGUAAAUAAAGAGCCACUUUUUUU